AUUCCGGUGGUUAUGCUGUUGUACUUGCUCAGUUUUCUGGAUAGGUGAGUUCUGGAUCUUUUUGCUUAACACGGUCUUUUGGGGCUUGACGGGACUCGGAGUCCGCAGUAGCUUGUACGAAGAACUUACUUACGCGAUUGCAGAGUCAACAUCGGCAAUGCGCGUCUCUAUGGAUUACAGGAAGACCUUAACAUGGGCGAUUCUCAGUUCCAAACUGCCGUCUCGAUUCUGUUCGUUACCUACAUCCUGUCUGAGGUACCAUCAAAUCUGGUGCUGAAGAAACUCACGCCCUCGCGAUGGAUAGCCUUUAUCACUGUCGCAUGGGGUAUCAUCGCGACCUUGACCGGUAUUGUGCAGAGCUAUGGCGGUUUGAUCGCAUGUCGUCUUCUUCUUGGCGCCGUGGAAGGAGGGUUAUUCCCCGGGAUGGCCAUUUACUUGACAUUCUUCUACACCAAGCGCGAACUUGCUCUACGCAUCGGAUACCUCUUCGUCUCUGCUGCCCUGGCUGGAGCCUGUGGUGGACUACUUGCGUACGCCAUCGGACAUAUGGAUGGUACGGCUGGCCUGCGCGGGUGGCGCUGGAUCAUGAUCAUCGAAGGUAUUCCUACCUUCGUCCUGGGUAUCGCGACCUGGUUCAUUCUACCGGACACCCCGGAAACUGCCUACUUCUUCACCGCUGAGGAGAAGGCUUUCGCCGCCGCUCGCCUCAAGCGCCAGACGGGGUACACGAAGAAAGCAGCGGAGUUUCACUGGGAGGAUGUAAGGAAGUGCGUCAAGGACUGGAAAGUUUGGGUAUUCUGCUUCGCACAGUUCGGAAGUGAUACCAUGCUUUACGGCUACUCGACUUUCCUGCCAACGAUUAUCAGGUCAAUCAACACCACCGCCAGCAGCGCCAUGAUACAGGUCCUUACGAUUCCAUGCUAUGCACUGGGUGCAAUCACUUAUCUAAUCGUUGCGCGCUUCUCUGAUAAACAGCAGAAGCGCGGAUUCUACAGCAUCUUGCUCGGUGUUGUAAGUAUCGUCGGAUACGCCAUGUUGAUCAGCGACGCCAGUUCAGGCGUUCAUUACGCUGGCUGCUUCCUUGUCGCAAUGGGCUUGUAUGUCUGUGUCGGUCUGCCGCUGGCUUGGCUGCCUACGAAUUUGCCACGAUAUGGAAAGAGGACGACUGCGACGGGGUUGCAGUUGAGUAUUGGUAACUGUGCGGGUAUUAUGAGUGCUUUUAUUUAUCCCACGGCCGAUCGCCCUCGCUUCGUCAAGGGCCAUGGUAUUACGAUGGCUAUGGUGGCCUUUGCUUGCAUAUGCUACGCUGUUAUGUGGUUCCAUCUUGGGCGCAUCAACUCGAGACGUGAGAAGGGUGAGGAAGAGCAUCUGAUUGAAGGGAUGAGUGAUGAGGAUGUUGCAGAGAUGGGCGAUGACAGCCCGAGAUUCAGAUACACGAUCUAAAGAAAUACGGCACUGAAGUUAUGAGCAGAUGCUAGCCGGCAUUGAUAAUGCUCUUCUUUGGUCAUUAAUUCUAUGCCCUUACCCUAAUUUACCAUAUGCGUGCAAAGUGGCCGGCAAAAGUCUGAAGCUGCAGCAAUCUACAAGAGUUCCUUUUCUAUGCAGUACCCUACUCUCUCAAUGUACCAUGAAGAGGCUCGCACAAUAUAUCCUUUGCCAAUUCUCUGUAGCGUUUGCUGACACGCUCUUCGCUAGCCUUUGUCAAUAUCCCCGCUGUUGCUGGU